AUGAAGAGUGAUUGGCAUAGUUACAAAAGUAAAAUGUAUAUAUCUAUAUAUGAUUUGCAUGAUACUAAAAUAAGUGUUUCAUCAGAAUUAUUGAAAGUUGACCAAAAUAGUGCAUGCAUUCUAUUUAAUCAAAUUAUACGUUUAAAAUAUUAAGAUAAAGAUAUAAUAAAAAAAAAGUGAGACGAUAUUAAUACUAACUAAAAAUAAACUUUUUUAAAUUAAGGUAAUUUUUAUUAAGAUUAAUUUGUAUUUAUGAUAUUUUUCUGUGUUUGAUACAAGCCUAGGAAAUUAUAAACUAUUAAAUAUAAAAAUAAAUGUACACUAUUUUGUUUAGUAACAAUUAAAAUAAAUUUUACAAUUAAGAGAAAUAUGUGAGUGAAGUUACAUACAGUGUUAAUUGAGUAUAUUCACAGUAAAAGACUAUACACGGCUUACUGUCAAUCAGUUUGAAAGUGGCCAUGGCAGUGACUGGACUAAGAACAAUUACUUGUUUUAUUUUUUAUCUUAUAGUAGUAAUAAAUGCUCGUAAAUGUUAUACACAAUCACGUAAGUAUUUUUAAUAUAUUUAAAAUAAAUACCUAUAUCUUACAAUAAAUAAAAAAAUGUAACAAUAUUUAAUUGAUUGAAAUGAUAAACUUCUUUGAUUAUAUUUUUUUUAUGAUAGUAUAUAUAAUCUUUAAAGAUUUUACUGUACAAAAAAUCUUUAAAAAGAUUUUAGUAAAUUAUAUACAUCAUCAUAAUUUUAGAGUUACUUCUUAAUUUACUUUAUCCAAUAUAUAAAGAGUCAUUUUUUAAAUGAAAGUUAAAAAUUUUUUAAUACAUUAUUUAUUUUAAAUCACUUAAAUAUAGGAAAAUAAAAAUACAAUUAAUGGUUCAUUAUAAUUUCUCCGCUUUCAAUAGAACUUCGUUAAAGUUAAUUGACUGUAAUUAAUAGAAAUGAUACAAAUCAUACAGUAAGCUUACUUGAAUAAUAUUUCUUAUAACUGAAAAAUAAAUUAAGUUUUAUAUCAUACUUACUAACAAUGCGCUUUAAUUACAUUGUUUUUUAUAGAAUAUUCGGAUGAUUCUGAUUAUAAAGAUUUGCAAUUUUAUGAAAAUAUGCCAGUAAAUUACAUUGAAAACUUUGAUAAAGAUCAUUUGGACAUGGUUCAGGAUGAUUUUUACAUUUUAAGUAAUUUCGAAGAUGCAAAUAUACAAAAUAGAAUUUAUCCUCAUAAAAAUGAUCUUCAAAUUCCGUUUGAAAAUAAUGACGAUUCUCUCAAGAAAAGAUCAUCUGUUGCACAAUUAGAAUGGUAUAAACCAGACAAGGUAUAUCGAUAUACGAAACAUCGUAUUCCUGGAUAUGAUUAUGAAGAACUCGAUUAUAUGAUCACUAAAAACUUUCAACAAUGUGACGAAAGGUCUAUUUGGACCCACUGCCUCUGUCAGUUUACUUGUACCGAACCAGAUAUGGUAGAUUGUUACACGCCAUGUAAUAGUGGAUGCGAAUGUAAAGAAGAAUACGUAUUUGACGAAAAAACGCAACAAUGCCUGCUGCCGGAACAGUGUUUUCCAAAGGAAGAUAAUUUUUAUAUCACAUAACUUGUAUAACUUGAAAUACAAUGUUUUACUAUACUUUUAACACACAACAGAAUACUGAAUUUAUAUUAAUUUGAAUAAAGUGACGGGAAGAUUUGUACAACUGAAUAUAAACUGUUUUUU